AUGGCAGAUAUUAGAGACUUCUCACCAGAUGCAGGGAGUGGCCAUAAGAUUCCUUUUCCUCCGCUUGAUCUUGAAUCAGGUGUCCCUCCCAGCGAUAGCCCUGCAAGCGAUCGUAAAGCGAGCUCCUCGAGUCGAUCCGAACGGUCUGGAACGCGAGUUCAACCUUCACCGAUACUGAAGCGCCGUCAAACCCGAUCGAAUACUGUUCGCACAUUCGAUACGAUCGAGGAACAUAGACCCAAUUGGCACCCGGGGCAGGAACCUGGCCUGGACACUUCUCUUCCAAAUGGUGGCCGGUCGCAGACUCCACUUCUGUACGAAGAGUGUCAGAUAACGGUGGUGGACUUCAGUGAGAAUGAUAUGGUCAUGUACGACUUUUAUACCAACAAGGAAUUCCUCGAGUUUCUAGAAAAGAACCAGGAGGACUGGGUCCAGUGCCGAUGGAUCAAUGUCAAUGGACUCAGUUGGGAUAUUAUUCAAGCGCUGGGUAAUCACAAGAAACUCCACAGACUCGCGAUUGAAGAUUUGAUAAAUACAAACAAUCGGACAAAAGCGGAUUGGUAUACCGAUCAUACCUAUAUCGUUCUUACGCUCCAAAAACUCGUUCACAUACACCCUGACAGCGAUAGCAGCGAUUCGGAUUCGGAUGGGGAGGCCAAAAAGGAGAGGAGCAAGAAACGAAAAAAGGGAGGGUUUAUGAGACAGGCAAGCAAGACGUUGUUUGGAUCCAAAACACAAAAUAAAUAUUCGGGGAAGAGGCGAAGAGCGAAGGUGGUUGCAAAUUCCCACAAUCCGACAAGUGAAUUUGUGCAUGGCCACACAGAUGGGGAGAAGGGUGCACCAAUGCAGAAACUACGAACUCUUCAAAGAUACCACGGAGGGCCCAAUCACGAAAGAAUGGCGUUUAUGGAGUCUCACUCCCCGUUAUAUGAGAAGGACCUGGCUGUUAGUGCUGAACAGGUGUCGAUAUUUCUCACAUCGGACAAUACCGUCAUUUCAUUCUUUGAAUCCUCCGCCGAUGAUAUUGAGCUUCCUAUCAUCCAUCGUCUGGCUACUCCGGAUACUCUCCUGAGGAGGUCGUGUGAUGCAUCCAUGAUCACGCAAGCAAUAAUCGAUGCUAUAAUUGAUUUGGCUAUCCCGGUGGCAGCAGCUUAUCAGGAUGUUAUUGGGGACCUUGAGCUCGAGGUACUCACCAACCCCGAUAUCAAACAGUCGAGGACGCUUUACGUGAUUACGAGCGAGAUUUCCAUGAUGCGUGCAUUUGUCAGUCCAAUCGUCAAUUUGAUUGACGCUCUCAGGGAUCACAAGACCGGUGGGUUUGGGCCUCAGUACGGCAUAAGGAGCAAUUCACAAGGAAACAAGCUGGCGGUGAAGAUCAGUCCGAUGGCGCAGACUUACCUUGGCGACGUACUUGACCAUUGUUUACAAAUUACCGAAUCACUUGAUCAGAUGAGACGGUCAUGCGAUAAUAUGAUCGAUUUGAUUUUCAACACGAUAUCCGCCUAUCAAAAUGAAUCCAUGAAGCAACUUACUGUUGUCACGAUCAUCUUCCUUCCGCUGACUUUCUUGACUGGAUAUUUCGGAAUGAACAUUGUACGAUUUCCAGCUAUCGAGCACGAUGAGAGCUAUUUUUGGAUAAUUGCAAUCCCGGUGGUGUUUGUUACUAUGGCUUUCUUGAUGCGGGACAUCCUGAAAUGGUGGUUUGUUAAGAUAGUUCAGAGGCGAGGAAUAUCCAGGAGCCGUAAGACGAGAUUGACUCGCGAGGCUACCAUGAAGAGAAAUUCGUGA